AUGAUCAUCUUCUCGUCGCGCAGUGUACUGCUGUCAGUCUACUACCCGCAGAUCUUCCUCAUCCUGACGAGUGGCAGCUACCUGGCCCUGUCCUCGGUGGUGGCUUUGGGUGCCAACAUCAUCUGCAACAAGAUUCCGGGGCUGGCACCUCGCCAGCGGGCCAUCUGCCAGAGCCGCCCGGACGCCAUCAUUGUUGUGGGUGAAGGCGCCCAGAUGGGCAUCAAUGAGUGUCAGUACCAGUUCCGAUACGGACGCUGGAACUGUUCGGCGCUGGGAGAAAGGACGGUCUUCGGUCAGGAGCUGCGAGUAGGCAGCCGGGAAGCAGCGUUCACCUAUGCCAUCACAGCGGCAGGGGUGGCCCACGCCAUCACUGCAGCCUGCAGCCAGGGCAACCUGAGCCAGUGCGGCUGCGACCGUGAGAAGCAGGGCUAUUACAACCAGGAGGAGGGCUGGAAGUGGGGAGGCUGCUCAGCCGACAUCAAGUACGGCAUCGAGUUCUCUCGCCGCUUCGUGGAUGCCCGGGAGAUUAAAAAGACCCCACGCCGCCUCAUGAACCUGCAUAACAAUGAGGCGGGGAGGAAGGUUCUAGAAGAAAGGAUGAAGCUAGAGUGCAAGUGCCACGGUGUCUCAGGAUCGUGCACCACCAAAACCUGUUGGACUACACUUCCAAAGUUCCGCGAGAUUGGCUACGUACUCAAGGACAAGUACAAUGAAGCUGUGCACGUGGAGGUAGUCCGGGCUAGCCGACUGCGACAGCCCACCCACCUCAAGGUGAAGCAGACUCAGGGCUACCGCAAGCCCAUGGAGACCGAUCUCGUCUACAUCGAGAGGUCGCCCAACUACUGCGAGGAGGACGCGUCCACAGGGAGCGUGGGCACGCAGGGACGCCUGUGCAACCGCACUUCACCACACACAGAUGGCUGCGACCUUAUGUGCUGCGGCCGGGGCUACAACACACACCAGUACACCAAAGUGUGGCAGUGCAAUUGCAAGUUCCAAUGGUGCUGCUUCGUCAAGUGCAACACGUGCAGUGAGAGGACGGAGGUGUUUACCUGCAAAUAA